AUGGACCAUCGCGACGCCGUGCAGCAAGUGGCAACGCGUGUUGCUGACUUCCACCGCCGCCGCCAGCCAUUCCGCAUCUAUCAUGGUGCGACCAAUUCCACACGCCCGUCUGGCCACGCUGCGUCCACUACUGUGAGCACCGCUGCUCUGACGCGUGUCCUGGAGGUCGAUGGAACGCAUCAGACAGCUCUGGUUGAGCCCAAUGUCCCCAUGGACGCCCUAGUGGCAGCCACCCGAGCGCAUGGCUUGGUACCGCUAGUCGUCAUGGAGUUUCCCGGCAUCACUGCUGGCGGCGGGUUCUCCGGCACGUCUGGGGAGAGCAGCUCAUUUCGCGAAGGGUUCUUUGACAAUACAGUCAAUUGGAUUGAGAUGGUCCUGGCGGACGGGCAGGUUGUGAAAGCGUACCAUGACCGCGUCGCAUCAGAAUCCGAGAUCCAGGACGCCCGAUCCGAUCUAUUCUGGGGCGCAGCGUCCUCAUUCGGCACCCUGGGUGUGGUCACACUCCUAGAGAUCCGCUUGAAAAAGGCUUAUCCCUUAGUGGAACUCCAGUAUUACGCGGCCGCCGAUAUGGGGGCUGCUCUGCGCAUUUUCCGGGAGGCCGCAGCAGAUCCGGCCACGGAGUACUUGGAUGGCAUUGUUUACGCGCGGGACCACAUUGUGGUCUGCGCAGGUCGGCAGGUGGAGCAGAGAUCUACAUCUCAAUUACAGCACUUUGCCGGACGACAUGAUGAUUGGUUUCACUUGCACGCUCAACGCAUUGCCCCGAAGCCACUCGGCGAUCAGCCUGCCCCGGCCCCAGUGGUGGACUACAUCCCUUUGACGGAUUAUCUGUUUCGCUACGAUCGCGGAGGGUUCUGGGUCGGCCGCUAUGCCUACCGCUAUUUCCGCGUGCCAUUCACCUCUGUCACGCGAUCCCUGCUCGACCGGUUUAUGCACACUCGAGUCAUGUACCAUGCCCUCCACGUCAGUGGUCUUUCCCGUCGGUAUAUCAUCCAAGAUGUCGGAGUGCCUGUGCCUGCGGCCGCAGAGUUUCUGGAUUGGCUAGACCGCCCCGAGAACUUUGGGCAGUACCCGAUCUGGUUGUGUCCACUCCCUGCCGGUAGCGCAGGAGGGCUAGAAGGACAGACGGUCGAUGCGAGUCCUCGCCCGGAUCAGACAGUCCUGAUGAACUUCGGAGUCUGGGGUCCCGCCACUACUGCGGAUCCGAGCCGGUUCAGGUCUCAAAAUCGCCGACUCGAGCAGAAAGUGCAGAAUCUACGGGGGAAGAAGUGGCUGUAUGCCCACACGUACUACACAGAGGAAGAGUUCUGGGCCAUCUACAAUAAGGCAGAGUAUGAUGCCCUACGCCAUAAGUAUGCCGCAGAGUAUCUGCCGAGCUUGUAUGACAAGGUGCGCGUGCAGGAUGCGGAUCUGCCCGGCGCUGGACGCGGGAAGUUCGAGGCCGGAUGGAAAGGGGCUGUUAAGCGGGCACUGUGGGAUGUCUGGCCCUGCAGUGGACUGUAUGGGGCGUACAAAGCUUGGCGCGGAGGGGACUAUCUCCUCCAGAAAGAAAGCCCUGAGCAGGGAGACCAGGAGAGGUAG